AUGACCAGAUUAUUAAAAGGCAUAAAGAAGCCCAUUAAGAGAUACGGAAAAUGCCCGCGUUGUAAAUGUGAAUAUGAUUAUGAAAAUUGGUGUCGUUCAUUUGCAUUAGAUAUUUAUAUUUUAGAAUUAUCAAAAGAUAUAUUUGGCUACUUAUUUCAGCCAAAAAAUAAGAGAGAUGAACAUGACAGUAAAACAUCCUAUUCUAUUCUAUUCUAUAUGUUGCAAAAGAAUAUUCAAAGGAUGUUGAAUUGUUUUUUUGAGUAUAUUCCCAAGGAAAGAAUUCAAAAUAUUGAGUAUUUGACUAGAGGUGGUUUUAGUGUUAUUUAUAAAGCAGAAUGGUUGGAUGGAGAAAUCGAAAAUAGAAAUAUUAUUAGACAUAUCAUUAAAAGAAAAGGACCACAGUUUAUUGCAUUAAAAGUUAUUACAAAUAAUAGUGUGAGGUUGAAUGAACUAAGUAUGGAUCCAAUUUAA